UGGAUUAUACGUGAUGUGUAGUUCAGCCGCAAUUGUGGUCCCGGGAUCCAUUGUCAUGCGUCCGCAGGAGAAAGACUCGGUCAAUGAUGAUGCCUCUCAGCAGCCAGGAGACAGGCUUCAAGCCUGCUGAAGCUCUCCCUAUUCGUGCACUAAUUGUUUCUGUAGGCCAAUUGUCUUUGUGUGCCUCAAUAUUAUCCGUUCUAGCCCUCCGGCAUUUCCUCUUAGUUCGCAUUUCGACUCAUUGAUGCAGCAACUUCGAUAGAAGCAUUAUCUAAACACGUCAGCCGUCAUGUCAAUCCGAGCGCUGCUAGUUGUUAUCCUUUCGCUGGCACUAGUCACCUCAGCUCCGGCGGCGCCAACAACGGAGCAGAUAAUAAAGGAGCUGAAGGAGCUGCAGACCAAGUUAUCGAAGCGCUUUAAAUUUAUCAUCAUGAACCAAGCAGUCGGUCAAAUUAUUACCCAGGGAGAGACCGUUCCCGGCGACAUAGACUGGUCCCCCUUCUUUUACAACACGGUCUUGCUUCCCACAGAUUAUGCGCUCAAGGCGAGUGGCCUCCUUGAACAACCAACAACCCCGGAAGCGGCUAUCAAGCUCUUAACAAGCAUUUCCUACAACGUUAUCAAGGGGAUGUGGUCGUUCAACAAGAUUAAAGCCCUACGUGCUGGGGCGUCGGUGCCGCUUUUGCUCAACAAUGGCAAGCUUUUUCGGAGGAAGGUUUCGACUGGGUUUUUUUUUAGUCAAAGUACCAGCGUGGCGCUCGCGCUUAAGGGGAAACCGAAAGGCAACUGGUCGUCAAUCGUCGCCAAAAAUCUGCAGAAGGGAGGUAGCUUCAAUGUUAUUGGGGUUAACCGCCUGCAGACCACUGGUUGAGGCUAUGGGCCAUUUCUAUUCUGCCGCAGGAUGGAUGAACAGCUUGUUCAUUAUCCAGGGAGUCAGGACAUGAUAAAUUGGUCUGCCAUUAUGCCACGGGGUAGAUGUGGGUAGAGGGAACAAGGGACCGAAGUAGGCUGUGUCUUCAAUGUAAUGAGUUGCAACAUUUGAAUUGAUCUUGCUGG